AUGUUGGAAAAAGUAAGUUACGUUGCAAGACUAUUCUUUUCGACUGUAGUACGGCGUCUCGCGGGCGGCGCGACAGGCCGGGAGCUGUGUGCGCAUGCGCGGGGCCCGGGUCUCGGGAUGUGGGGGGCCGCGCAGCCUCCCGGUGCAGCACUCCGCUGCCGCCCGCUGCCCGCAUCGAUUCCUCCCGUGUUACGCGACACGAGCGAGCACGAACGCGCCCUCGACGCGCACGGCACGCGCGACGCGACGCCCCACGCGCUCCCCCGCAGGAAGCUUCCCAAUCGCUCCCAGGUUGCAGGUUACCGCGCUUACGUAACUUACAGGUUUCAAUGA